GUUUACCCAAAGCAUGUUUCGCGUUGUUUUCCCACGUUUUGGGUUGCAUUUGGAUUUUCGUGGAUUAUUCAAUGCACUUUUGGACUUCAGGCAAUGUGCCUUUAUGUUGGUUUUCCGAUUUUCACUAAAAUCCAAAGAAGUUUUUUCUGUUUUAAGGGCUAACUGGGCUUGGUUCGUCUGAUUGUUUGUCGUAGUUUAUUGUAAAGACUUACAUUUUUUGUUGUUCAUAAUGUCUCUAGCUGGAGCCCUUUGGCUCGCUGUGCAAGAUGAUUUAUUCUUAAGUGGGCACAACGACAAUUUAGCCACAGUCGAUAACACGACACAAGAGAAGCAUCGCCGUGAGAGCAGCAAUAUCACGCCUGAGACACGCAGUCUCCUGGAUCAGUUUGACGAUCGCUUUCUGUUGCAGCAUUUCCAUCUGAGUCGACCGUGUCUGCGGUUCAUCAUCGAUUACAUCCACGCACGUUUAAAAAAAGAUGCAUUUGCACCAUCCGACAACCUGACUUCCGUAGAAGCAAAGACUCUUGCCACUAUAUCCUUUUACGCACACGGAUCUCUACCCAGUAUGAUUACAGAUCGACUGGGAAUAGAUGUGAACGAGGCCGGAGAGCAGGGGCGGAUCUACCGGGGUGGCACGGGAUCCGCCCCUGCCGGAGAGGCAGUAAAAAGUCUUACUAAACUGUUAUCAGACAUGAGCCCUGAUUUCAUCACUUUUCCCAACAGUUAUAAUGAUCGCAUGGGUGCCGCACAAGCCUUUAAAAACGUCAGUGGCAUCCCCCAUGUAGUGGGUGUUUUGGGGUACUUUCAUGUAAAGGUGACCCCACCGCUCGGGAGGGAGCAGUCUUAUGUAAAUACUCUUAGAUAUCAUUCCGUUAUGAUGCAGGUAAUAUUUGAUGUGGACGGGAAUAUCUUGAGUCUGGAACAGUGUUGUCCUGGAGGAACACCUGAGCACAGUAUUUGGGCAAGCAGUGAUAUCGGGAAGCAGUUUACCACAUUUCAACACGGUCAUUCAUGGGUCCUGGGUGCCAGAGGUCUAUUCGGCGGUGGACAUGUUUUGACCCCUAUUAUAGCCUCUCGCAUCAUAACCAACGCCACUAAACGAUUUAACAAAGCACACGCUCAGGUAUAUGGUCUUGUGCAGCAUGUCUUUGGUGGUCUGAAAAGUCGUUUCCAGUGCCUGCAUGAUAUUGGCUCCAUUCAGACUUUAAAGUCAGUAGCAUGCACCAUCAAAGCCUGUUGUGUCUUGCACAACAUCUCCAAGAAGUUCUCGGUUCCUUUACCCUUAAAUUGUAUCACAGAGCCUCUCCAUCCACCAUCAAAGGAGGUUAUGAGUGCAACCGAGCUGCCAUAUGACUAUAUGGAAGAAAUUAAAGAUGAGAUGAUACAAAUGUUUUUUGGAAAUAAUAAAGAAGAUGAUGUCUGAGAUGUGAUUGGAAAGACAAACGGUGAAGAGAGAUUCAAAGCUGUGAAUUGCAUCGUCUUAGCAGUUGAAUUGGAGCAAUUCUUAAGUGAUUAAUGUUAUAUCAUGUAAAUCUUUAUAUUUUUGUUUGUUUUUUAUACAGUCUGUAAUGAGGGUCAGAUCAUAUUGUUUGUUUUUUAUGAUAUUAUUUUUAGUAAAAUCUCCUUGGUCCAAUAUUACAUUAAUCUGUCCUAAAUGGUUGGAUUGUGUCACACCAUGUAGCAUUUUCCACACAUUCUGUGUAAAAAGACAUUUUCGCUAUAAUAAAAACAUGAAAUACA